GGUUCCUGGCAGGGACGCGCCAUUUCGGCAAGCGCGACUGAACCCUGAGAAACGUCAUGGCUAGUGCCGUGCCCGCUCCUGCAUUAUUCAAUUUGCGAGCGACUCCUCACACCGCGGCUGAUCACGAUAAGCGUACACGCACCGAGUUGGCUGACUGCUUGCGACACGUUUACGACAUCUAUGAGCCUCUUUUCGCCAUCCAUUCUCGUCAAUCACCUGCUUUUGUGACCUCACGAUGCCGCCGAAGCGCACCACCGAGGACGUCCAGACACUCAAGGAGAAACUCCACAACACAAAUGCUCGCGGACGUCGCACCGGUGGCACCCAUCUAGCGAAUGGAAGCAGCCUGAAAGAGGUCGACAAUGCGUCCACCAACAGUGGUCACACGUCGAACGACCUCGACACGUCGAAUAUGAAAUGGACGACCCAAGAGCCUGCCGUUCUCCAGGCCUACCGCCGAACCUACCGCCUCGACACGCCGUCGACCUUCAAGAACCCGCUUAGCCACGUCGUCCUCGGCCAAGGCAUAGGACGCAUGUCGCCGACCAUGGCACGCGCGAAAUCACAACGACGAGUCCAAAAGGACCAACUGGCAUUGGCUGUACGGAAGAAUUUCAAUGCUCUUGGAGUCAGCGAGAGCGACGUCAUCGUUGACUGGCUGUACAAAUCAAAACACCAGGGUGCGUUCCUCGAGUCUACGAGCACAGCACGGAUCGUCUGCUAACAGCCGAUGACUAGACAAGGAGUUCCGCGUACGAUUCACGCCACAACGCAAGUGAGCUCGAGUCCGCUCACGUUGCUCACGCCACCCACGUACACACAUUCGCUUCACAUUCGAACUUUCAUCGAUACCCAGUCGCGGCACAACAGCCAGCGACAUUUAGAUAAUGAGCAUGAGCAUUUGGAAGGC